AUGGCAACCAACAUCACCUGGCACCCAUCCCUCUCGCGCAAAGAGCGCAACCAGCUCCGCGGCCAGCGCGGCCUCACAAUCUGGCUCACCGGCCUCUCAGCAUCCGGCAAGUCCACCGUCGCCACAGCCCUCGAGCAGCACCUCCUGCAUCUCGGCCGCACAGCCUACCGCCUCGACGGCGACAACGUCCGCUUCGGCCUGAACAAGGACCUAGGCUUCUCCGAGAAGGACCGCAACGAGAACAUUCGCCGUAUCUCAGAGGUCGCCAAGUUGUUUGCCGACUCUUCCACCAUUGCCAUCACUUCAUUCAUCUCCCCGUACCGAGCAGAUCGCGACGUCGCCCGUCAGCUGCACGCUGCGACGCAAGAUUCCACCGACGAACCCAUCCCCUUUAUCGAGGUCUUUGUCGACGUUCCCCUUGAGGUUGCCGAGCAGCGCGACCCCAAGGGCCUUUACAAGAAGGCUCGUGCUGGUGAGAUCAAGGAGUUUACUGGCAUUUCUGCCCCUUACGAGGAGCCCCUCAGCCCUGAAAUUACAAUCAAGACGCACGAGAAUUCGGUUGAGGAGUGUGUCGCCCAGAUUGUAGACUGGCUUGUUAAGCAGGGGUACCUCAAGUUGAACUAG